ACACUUAUCACCUGCCUUCUACUGUGUUUAUUGGCUGCGCCAAACAUUUUGGCGGAUGAGGAGAGCUCAACGGAAACCAAUGAGAUCAUACCACGCGAGGCCAUACAAAAAUUAGAUAUAUCUGUAAGACAAGCCCUAUUACGUGCCAUAGAUAAACUGGAACAAGAAGAAGCUCAGGCGGCCGAUGAUGACGAUGGCGAGGAACAAUCUGAAGAUGACACUCAGCAAAGAGGUGAUGAUGCUGCCACCACACCCAGUCCCACCCUAUCACACAUUACAAUACAAAGUACAACGGCACUACCAUUGGUAACACAAACCAAAGAUGAAAUUCUUGAAGAAAGUACGGGGGCCACAGAUGGUAUUUUGCCAUCGGUGCAAUUCUUUACGGCGACCUAUGAUGAGAAUCAUGCCCAGGAACAACCAUUAUUGGCAUUUAUAAAUAAAACAAAAUCAUUGAGGAAAUCACAGAAGCUUAACUUCGGCGCCCCAGUUAUUGUGACAUAUAAUUCCGCUGCAGACGAUACAAAUUCAAAUCAUCAAACUGCCCGCAGUGUUGGCCAUAGUUUGCAAUCUAAUGAAAUUUCAUCGAACAGUCUGGAUGAAAUUAAAUUUGAAAUACGCAAUUCGAAACUGAAAGCUAGUACGACCAGCACCACAACAACAACGACGACUACGACAACACCACGUCCCCGAACGACCACAAGACGUACUACAACCACAACGACAACAACUACAACGACCACACCCAGACCAACCCACAACGAAGAUGGUGAAAAUAUUGAAAUUGUCGAUAAGAAUGAUAUUCGGAUACAGGCGGCACCUUUGGUCACCGCAUUUACUGUCAAUGUAGAUGAAUUGGGUGCUCCCAAACAGGUUGUUCCCAUCAUUGAUGCCAUACCACCAACAACUGUUGCUUCGUUGCCUCAAUCGCCGCUAAGUUUUGGUCCCACAAUUACGAAGUUAAAUGUCCUAAAAACGGAGUUGCCAAAAUCCAGCAGCAAUACUAAUAAUAAUUUUCUUGCCAAUCCUCCACCAACUCAGCCGACAUAUAGUUCUACAACAACAACCAUUGUAAAUAGAUUUUUAAAUGCUCUACCAACAUCGGGUCAUUAUAUUACGAAACAACCAUUGACCUCAAAUGUCAACCAACAACUACAGCAGCAGCAACAACAACAACAACAACAUCAACAGCCACUCAAUAAUCCCAACGAUUAUUUACUGGAAAAACAACGUGAAUUGGAACAACAAAUUUUACAGUUGAAAAUCCAAGCACAACAACAACAAGAAUUGAUAUUAAGGCAAUUGAAAUUGCUGGAAGAACAGACCCGGCAAAGAGGUCAAUCAACCAAUAACAUACCCAUUCAGACAUCAGCAAAUGGCCAAACACUGCAACAACAGCAGGUGGCUGUGGCACCAACCGCACAGCAUGAGACAAGCUUUACGAUACGUCCCUCCAUUGAAUUUAUACCCAGUACCCAAACGAAAAUGUCACCAUUGUUUCCAACAUUUCCGCAGGACCAACAGUUACCAUUAAGGGAAUCCAAUGGCAAAUUUAUACCUGGUGUUAAUAAUAAAAAUUAUCAAUUUGCCCCAAAUAAUGGUUUGACACCUCCGUCAGCUCUACCACUGCAACAGCCAUCACAACAACAGCAACAACAACAGCAACAGAGUCAAAGUAUUUCCAGUAUAUCGAGCAUACAAAUACAACCCUCCAAUCAAUUGACAAUUGUGCCCACCUUUGCCCCAGCCUUACCAGAACCACCAGCAGAAUUGUCAUUGGUGCAGGCAUUGCCACAAAGGAACUAUCAACAAUUUCAACAGAAUGCUCCCCAACUGCCACAAUAUGUCAGCAAUGCCAUACUGGAUCGUUAUCAACAGCAGCAACAACAACAACAGGAGCAACCCUCAGGUCAACACCGAGCACGCUUUUUCCGUCAAGAAGUGAAUACCGGGAAUUUUGGUAUAAAUCAAGUGCAGACCAAUCCCAGUCACAUUUUCUCGCAAUUCAAUCAGCAGCAGCAACAACAACAGCAGCAGAAUCAACAACAACAAAAUUAUGAGUCUCAGAAUUUUUAUCGCCAGCACUUGAAUCCAGACAUCAGUAAUCAAUUGCAACAAAAUGCCCAAAAUUAUUAUCAGCAACAACAACAACAGCAGCAGCCGUCUUCAGCAUCAGGUAAUGUCGCACAUAGAUUAAGUCCCGUUUUAAAUAAUUUAGAAGAAUUUAAAAUAAUCAAUAAAAUUUUAGCUCUUAAUCAUGGCAUAAAUAAUUAUGUUUCCCAACAACAACAACCACACCACCAUCAGCAGCACCAGUCUACAUCACCGCUGGCAACAGCAUCUUCAUCGGCACGUUUCUUCUGA